AUGAAUACCCAGAAUAAUCUGAUAGCAAUUAAUACUCAGCAGCCACAGCCACUCCAAAUUAGCAAUAAUAUGCAGCCUCUUCAGUCAUUACUACCGCUCUCUGCUGCAUAAUCUCCUAAUCAAACAAAAGUGUUGUCUCCAACGACGAUGCAGUUUCCAGGUUCACAUGGAAAAACUUGUUCAAUGGGAUCUGACGAUUUAUACAAACUCAGCCAGAUUCAAAGACAGAAAUACAUUCUGCAGUAAAGUCAGUUAUACGCGAGAGCAGGUAACAAAUUUAAAGCGCAGGGCAAUGGUGCAAGUUAGCCCUCUGCAUAAAAGCCAAAAUAAAAUGGAACGGUCAACUAGUUCGACAACAUUGGAUGGGUUUUUCUUAAGAAUGAUUAACUAAACCCGUCAGGUGGAACUGCAGCUAGUCACAAUUCAUAAAAUUCAUCCUUUAAAAAGCGCAUCCAGAACAGGAAAGAGCUUAAUCAAAGCGGAGUCCUUAGUGAUAAUACCAGUGUUGACUCACAAAAUAAUGAUAGGUCAUUCGUAGGAGGAUAGAAUUUAGCAGAAAUAAUUUAGAAGCAUCAGCAAAUAAGGGAGGAACAGAGUGCAUCGGUCGACAUGAAAUAGUUGCAAGACCAUUAGGUUCAGUAUAAUAUCCAGGACUUAGAUAGCCCCUAGCUAAUUUUGGACAAAAUACAGACAUAAGUUCAUGAUUAGAUGUGUAAUGGUGGCUAGAACAACUAUUUGAAUUUUUAGGCUUUGAAUUUCUAAAAGCUUAACCAAAGCACGAAGCAUUCAGCAAGAGUCAGUAUGAAUAACAUCAAUACUGAAAACCAGAUCAAUGAUAUUGGUGGAAACGGUUCAAACUUUCAGAGCUUUAAGAAAAAUGCGAUGAAAUUGCCUAAAGUUACUCUUAGACAUUCUUUAAUCAAUCAGUACACUUCCUAGAAAACAUCUUCCCAGCCUAUUUCACCUAGAAUAUUUGACAAUGCAAAGUUUGGUGGAUCUGGCAAUCCUAAGAAGUCAUAAAAUUCCAGCGGAUUUGGAGGUGCUGAUAACACUAAUAUAAACAAUAGUUAAAACUAGAUCAAUCCAUUUUCACUACCUUUGAUUGAUAAGAACACCCAAUAAAGCACCUAAUUUAUAGAUAACACCGAUUCAACAGCCUUAAUAAACUAGAAUAACUCAGCAGGCAAUGUGGACUAUCAGCAAAUUUACAAUUGUCAAAAUAAUAGAAGUUUGAAUCUUAGAGAUAAUCAGAAAUUUGGAGAAAUGGAGAGUUUACUCGAAUCAUAAGCAGAAAUAAAACACAACUCACAGUCAAACACUGGUAUAGAUCAAACGAGUGGAUCAUUCCUAACAGAAACUAAGAUUGAAUUGAAGUCUACAAAUAAAUUCAAUCUCAAAAAUCUAAAGUUAAAAGCCUUGUAAUCCCCGCAACAACAUCACUAGUUUUUUGUGUAGUCUCAAGAGAGAUAAAGCUCUAUGAGUAGUUAUAAGAAUUCCUUUAUCACCGAAUAGCAAAUGUAGCCAGAUGCUAGUGCAGUAACAUUUUAAAGACCCCAUGACCAGCCCAAGUCUAAAAUCUCGAGUGGCACAUAAUUUCCUGCAGAUCAAGGAGUUUUCACCAGUGUCUAAAAGAUAUGUUCAUCCUGUAAUAAAAAGACUAGUGGUAAGUAGCAGUUUUCUUUCGACUCUCAACAGAUUGAGUCUAUAUAAAGAGUAAAAAGGAAAAAUUACUCGUGCUUAAGUGACGGAAUGCUAGAGGAAGAGUCUUUUGAAUUUGAGGAGCCACCACUCAAUCUGAGACAACCCUAAUAAAGACUAAACUUGAAUCUACCUAGACUAAAUAAUUCUGUGAUCGAGCACUCUGAUAUAUCCAUUAGUAAUAGUAUAAAACCUAAUAUUUCUCCCAGUUACAACGUGAUAAGGGACAAUCCAUUUUUCACAAAUUUUGCUAAAAACUACAAUCAAAAACUCAUUAGAGCGUUUGAAGAAGCAGAUAAAGCCAACUCUAAUGAAGCAGCAGGUAAUUGCGCAAGCCUUAAACAAGAUGUGCUAGCUUACAUGGAGUAAAAUAACGAAAUCAGAUAGCUAAUAAAGGAGGAGGCAUUGAAAAACGCGACUUUGGUUUCGACCAAGGGAAAGAUAAAGAAGGUGCUUAUAAAUAAGAAAUAACUUCAAAAGAUCAUGAAUGACCAUUAAAACAACAACUCUUAGAACAAUAACAACUCGUCUAACAAUAAUAAUAGUACUAAUGAAAACAUAUCUGGUACUGUAGCUCUUCUAAAUGAUAGCAAUGAAGACGGAUCUAGAAAUGGAAAGAAUAGUAGUGAUGUGAAGGCAGGAAAGUAAGAAAUAAUGAAAAAUUACGGUAGAUGGUAUUUAAAACCCAAUGACUUCAAUAAAAUUAUGAGUAACUUAAAAUGA